CAUACAGUCCAUUUUCGUAAAGAGCAAAGCCGAAGCACGAGAUCAAGUCUCUCUCUCUCUCUCACAACCGUGAAAUGAGGGAAUUACUGUUCGUAGCCGUCCUCCUCCUCCUCUUCUCCGCCGUGUUCCUCCCUCAGACGGCGGCGGAGAUCAAGUCUCUGACCAUCUCUGACGACUCUCGGCCCGUUAUCCUCUUCGAGAUGUUCGGAUUCACUCAUACUGGUCAUGUUAACGUCUCUGUCUCGUCGGUUUCCGUCGUGUCUCGGUCGGAUGGUCCGAUUCCCGACCCGUCAAGGUUAGGGUUCUUCCUCCUGUCGGAGGAAUCUCUCCGCCAGGUGCUCCUCGAGAUCCAGCGAAACCCUACGUUAUGUAUCCUCGAUUCCCACUACGUCAUCCAUCUCUUCACGUUCCGUGAUCUCUCCCCGCCGCCGCGAUCCCGGUUCGACCUCUCGUAUUCGCUCACAUCUCCGAGCGGGCACUCUCUGUUCUUCGCGAAUUGCGCGCCGGAGACUAGGGUUUCCAUGGAGGUUCGAACGGCGAUGUACAAUCUGGAUGCGAAAGGUUCAAAGGACUACUUGCCGUCCGGGUUGACCCGAUUACCCGGGUUGUAUUUCUUCUUCUUUCUCUGUUAUUGGGCUUUUCUCUGCAUCUGGGUCUAUAUCUGUUCGAUCGAUAGGCGACUCGUCCAUCGGAUCCACCUUCUAAUGGCUGCUCUGCUACUGAUGAAGACUUUGAAUUUGAUUUCCGAGGCUGCGGAGAAGUACUACGUCAAAUUCACGGGUACCCCCCACGGUUGGGACGUGCUGUUCUACAUUUUCCAGUUCAUCCGUACGGUUUUGCUCUUCACUGUGAUUGUGUCGAUUGGCAAUGAUCGGUCGUCCUUACAGAACAGGGAGAAGAAGGUGGUGUUGAUGAUUGUGAUUCCACUUCAGGUUCUAGCCAACAUUGCCUCGAUUGUUGUGGGGAAGACAGGUCCUUACAUCAGAGACUGGGUGAUCUGGAACCAAGUGUUCUUGCUCGCGGACGUGACCUGCUGCUGCGUGAUUAUAUUCCACAUUGUCCGGACGAUUCGAGUCCUGAAGAAAACCUCGAAAACGGUUAGAAACUCGGCUAAGUUAACUAUAAUUAGGCGGUUCUACCUUGCGGUGAUAGGGUACCUGUUUUUGACGAGAAUCUUAGUGUUUGCACUAGGGAUUAUCAUGGCAUAUAAGUACAGAUGGGUGAGAAAUGCAGUGGAGGAGGUUGCCGGUCUAGGGUUUUAUACGUUGAUGUUCUAUGUGUUUAGACCGGUGGAGAAGAACGAGUACUCUGUUCUUGACGAGGAAGACGAAGAAUACGAGGUUAGGGCUCUGAAACUGGCCAGGUGACUCUGUUUCUGGGUUUAUCCCUCGCACAAGUAAUUCACCUUUCGCAAAUCUUACAUAUAUAUAUAUGUAUAUAUGUUAGUGUAUAUUUUUGGGUUUACCCCUUGUAUACAUGUGUACACAAGUGCUUUCUUGAAUGUAUUAUAUAUUCCAUUGCAUUAUUUACCUCUUAUCACGUCUGUUGUGUUGUAUACAAUUAUAUUUUGUAAUAAAAUUUACCUCUUGGGUAUUAGAAA